UAACACACGGGGACAGACAUCAGUAGAUGUCCUCUCAAACCUUGAUUACUUUAGGCUUUCAUAUGCAUUUAAUCAAUCACUGAUGGAACACACACUGAAAGAUUACUGUUGCACACCUGCGAAAAGUUGGAUAAUUUCCCUGGGAACCGAUAAGUAGUUCCUGAUUUAUAUUCUGGAUUAACAUAUACUGUAGUAUAGGUUAGCCUUUUAAUCAAAAUUAUGUGACAGAAUCUUGUGCAACUUUGCAAAUUUCACUGUACAGUCUGUCUGCUUAUUCCCAUCAAAGGUUUCCACUUUUGAAAAUAACCUGAGUUUUGCAACCUACCAUGUCUGUGACAGCCCCAACACAACAACGAAGGUACACUUUAUUGCCAAAUGUAUUCACUCACCUGCCUUGACUCUCAUGUGACUUUAAAGGACAAAUCCAUUGAGGUCACAUGACUUGGGUCCAGCAGUAAGGGUUUAGUCCCCAUGCAGUAAGUCUGAAUGCUUGUCUGUGUUCAGAGCGUAGACCGACUUUCACCUGACAUCUGCUGGGAUGGGCUCCAGGACCCUGUGACCUUGAACAGGAUAAGUGCGGUUGAAUAUGAAUGGAACUACAGUUUUGUGUAUAAAGUUGAUUCUCACACCAUAAAGGUUGAAUCAAAGAAAAUAGGCUUUAUUGUGUGUUGAAGACAAUUCACCUUUGAUUCAAAAAGGCUUCUUCAGUUAUAGGAUUUUGAUGGCGUAAAGUCCCUCUAUUUUUAAACGGAACCUCGGAUUUAGAGGCUCUAAUAGGCCACAAUUGUUCUCUAUUACUAAAAUAUGUUAUAAAAACACAUGAAAUAUUGCCAUUGAAUAAAUGAAUGAUUUAAAAAUCUAUAAUAUUUAGUACAUAUUUUGGCCAACGAAGGGCGCCAUGUUUUAUGCGCACAAUGUAGGCUCGAGUUGAUGUCGUAGAUUGUCAAAGUCAAAGUUAAGCAUUGUUUUUUUUCUUGUAGUAGCUUUAAAGCAGAUUGUUGAUCUGUUGACCACAUUAGUCACGUAGCAUAAUUAAACCACCCUAAUUUGAUAUUACUAGUAUAUUCUGUCUGUAUGCAUCUAAACAAAACAAGCUGGAAGCGCGCGGUAGUACUUUGGGUGUCAAAUUUGCCUCUUGUUGGAUGUUUUGCCGGUGUAACACAUUUUGGCAGAACACUGUUUUUUUUCCUACUCUUGUCAUGUCUCAUCCCGCCUUUCCUGUUCAUUUUGCUUUUGCUUAUUUUGUGAAAUAUCGACAGUGCUGUCAUGCUCAUUAAUGUUCCUCUCAGGUUCAAAUUGAAAGGGUUGGACAGAUGACAUGUCGCUAUGGAAGCCCGGCAGCGUAACUAUGUGACGUCACCACCCUGCGACGUCAACAACAAUUGCGAACUUCUAGUUAAACUAAUUUUACAAAUUGUAUAAAAACAAAAACAUCAAGCAGGGUUUCAAUAUCAAAUUAUUAUAAUUCAUAAUAACGUUUAUCUUUUAAGAACUACAAGCCGUUCUAUCCGUGGAUCCCUUUCAAGAUUCUUCCAGGAACAAAGUCCAAAAUAUUGGCCAUGAAUUAAAAAAAAAAAAAAAAAAACGAUGAAUCCUUCACCCUACCAAGAAAUUUUGAACCAUUCCAUGCUCCUAUUGUGGGGACAGUUUGGUGUGUAUGACCUUGACUGGUCUUCACAGAGUUCUGACCUUGACCCUAUAGAGUACCUUUAAGAUGAAUUGCUAUAUAUCACAAACUGAGAGCCAGGCAUCUCCAUAUAACAUCAUUGUGACACCUGCAAGAAAAGUUUUUAAAAAAUGCCAUAAAUGCAUUCCUAGAAGAAUUCAUAUGAGAGUCAAGUCAGGUGAUUUAUUACUUUUGUCAAUUCUGUGUAUGCUACUUAUAGUGUUUGCUCUUCAGUCAGUCUGGAGAGGUUUCUAAUGUGUCUACAUAUUGUUGUGGGAGUGAGCGCGAGGCAAAUACUGUGUCAUAUUCUCCUUCAGCUCAUCAAAUGGCACGGAAAUGGCUGAAGCUCCUUUUAACCCUCGCCCAAAAGCUGAGUGGGCGUUGAUGCUAAAGGAGAAAGUUGGACACACACGGGAGGUUUGUGGUAGACAGUUGUAAAUAUUCCAAUGUAGACUCAGGGUCAAGUGUCCUAAAGUGAUUUCUGAAUGGUAAAAGUAAUUGCAUAUCUGUAAGGCAGUUAACCUGCACAAGAGUGUGUGAUUGGACACAGGGUAUUGAUGUAAACCUAUGAUGUGAGCCAAUCAAAUCCAAUCUGUCAGUGAAUCAAAAACCCACCGCUGCCGAUGCUGUGUAAUGAUCAGUUUGAGAAGUUGCGCAAGGGAUGAAAAACUGAUUUGGAUUAUGGUGUUACUGUUUCUUAAUGAUGCAAAACCAUCGUUCAGAGUUUGCACUGCUGCUGUUGUUGUUGAAUGAUGGCCUCCUGUUUGUUGCCAAAGUUUGAGCGAAGGAAACACGUUUACUAUCCAUUUCAUCUGUCCGGAUGACAAAUGAUAAAGAAUGUCUGUCAAGAAUCCCGUCCAAAGGUUGGCCGAUGGAGCCGAAUGAAAAAAAUAGGGACUAUAAAAAAAGGAAAAGAAAGGACUAUCUAUCUUUUAGUGCUGCUAGUUUCACUACCUGCAGAGGAGAAGGUCACAUUGGAAAUGGACAUUUAUUAGCACUGUGGAGGAAAUCGUCUUUUCCUCAGCCACUCUCCCGACAACAGAAGAUGGGCCGGUUACAAACGGAGAAUCAGUCACGUGGCAGACUGGUUAAUGUUUUAAGCUUACAAAUAUCAACAAUUUCCCCGUAGUGCUGUGAAUCUGCCUUACUGUGACCUUCAAUGGGUUUAUGUGCCUUCAUCUAGAAACAUUAGAGCUCCUGUAUGUUGUGUGGGCGUGCGUGACAUAUUAUAAUAACAGAUAUGCGGACCAGUUUUCUGCACAGCUGGUGGUAGGAGUUUCUUGAUGACAUUUGACUCAAUGACGUAAAAUAAAUGGAAUUUCUUCACCGAAAAGUGUCCAUUUGAAAGCUUUGUGUGAGAAUUAAGGAAAUAGUCCAUGUGUCAUCAUCUAAUCAGGGUUGUCAAUAUCAUUUUUGUCUCGGGCAAAAUAGUAAUUUGGGAUUUCCUCAGAUGAACUGGAAUAACAUAUGGGCAUAUACAAAAUUUACCCUGUAAUAUAAAUAUUAAAUGAGCCCAAGAUGAAUAACUUUCAUGUUUUUUCACCAGUAGUGGGACAUGUCAUUUAUAUAAAUAUAGUGAAAACAUACUGCAUAUUUUAGAGAGACAUAGGUACAAUAUAGAAAUACAUAAUUAUUUAUGUCAUAAAAAUAUUGUAUGAAUGAUAUCAAUGCAGAUUGAGCCAAACCCAAGGCACCAUUUAUAGAGAUGUGAAGGAAAAUGUGUAGACAAAGAAAAAGCUGAAAAUCAGCCUAACUUUGCAAAAUGUCCCAGCAGAUUAAAAAAUGAUGUAAUAUGUGAUAUAAAUGAUGACACAAGCAACAGGAGAAGAUGUAGCCUCUGUCUCUCUCUCGCUAAAUUCAAGUUGACCAUAAAGAAUGAAGAUGACUGGGCAGUUGCCAGAUAAGACAUCUCGAGACAUGGACGGUAAAUGAAUGGUUCUUGGAUGCAUUUCAGAUACGUUAUUUGAGACUAAACAAAACGUGAACAAUGAAAUCUCAUUACCCAACCAAUUUUCACCCAAGGAAAAAAAAUCUCUUCACAACUGUAACUAUGACAUUUGUAAUAUAUCAAGGGAUGACUGACCCACACAGAACAUCACUAUAAUGAUCAAACUGAAAAGUAUGGCCACAUUAAUAUUUGACAAUGUCCCUGUCUCACCUUGUUCACCUGCAUUUGCAAGUUUUUUUUUUUUUUUGUACAAGCAGCAUUAUAUAUUGACACAUACUGCAUUACUGUUGGGAGUGAUAUCCUUGAGAUAUCCUGAAAAGUAUCAUUUUUAAUUCAUUUAAUGCCUAGUGUCCCUAAUUUGUCAAACAAACAGUUUCUAUUCUAAAUGCGUUUAAAACUGUAGUUUCGUACAUCCAUCCAGCCAUCAGUCUACCUUUGUUUUAUCAAAAGCUGGGUCGCGGGGUCGGCAACUUCAGCAGGGAAGCCCAGACCUCCGUCUCACUAGCAACUUCUUCCAGCUCCUCCAGGGGAAUCCAGAGGCUUCCUGGACAAGCUGGGCUGGAUAUUCUUUCCAGCAUGUCCUGGCUCAUCCUCGAGUCCCAGUGGGACGUCCCUGGUAGACCUCACCAUAGAGGCGUCCAGGUGGAAGAGCCACCUCAUCUGACUCCAGAAUGUACAACAACAGAAAUGAAUCAAAAUGCCCUGCUUGAUGAUCUAUAAAAUAUUUGAUGGCAAUUUACAGUCAAAUUCUGGAACAAAUCACACGUUGCCCCUUUUUGCGCUUUUCCUGCAUAAAGGCUAAUUAUCUUGGAUUCAUCUUCCAUUCGCAGUCUUAUGAAAAAGACAACUUUCCUUAUUUGUUUGUUGUUGCAGUGUGGAUGAAUACAAGUGCAACAUUAAAUGCUUGUUCAAUACGAAACUAAUUUAGAUGUCUUUACCAAGGUUUACUGGCAAAGCUAGAACUUUUUCGUCCAUACUUGUGACAAAAUUUCCAGUCCAAAUCCCUAAUUUGGAAGAAGUCUCUACUAAUAAGGUAUUGGACAACAAAGAGUAAGUCCUAGGGAAAAAUAAAGACUUUGAGGUCAGACAAAUGAUUAGUACUGCACAUUAAACACAAAGUCCUUUAUGCUCAACGAAUGCUUGUUUCAAACUGUAAGAACAAGUAGCAAGACAAAUCAUGAACCUUAGCUUUUACUGAUUAUAAAUCAUAAAUUUUAUCACUUGUGGUCUUCGGACCGCCCGGGCCUUUUGCGUUGUGAUAAGAUCACAAGAUACAUUAGACUUUUAAAUUUCAGAUCUUUUCAAAUAGCUCUAAAAUACAAUAUAGAAUGAACAGUUCUAAAACAGCAACAAAAGCUCAUUGUUCAAAAAUUACAAUAAAAUAAAAUAAAAUCUAUAGUAUGGCAGGUUUUAGCCAGGGAAAAAGGACAUUAACAGAUGGCUAAUCGGAGGAAUAGAGAAUUUUGGAGAUCCUGCAAAUGUUGAAAAAAACGAUGAGAUCAAUUCAGGUCUCCUCAAAUCCCUGCUGGAUCAUCUCAAAUAUCAAGCCAAGUGAACUUUUGCUUGGUCCCUUUCACUGGAUAGAUCAAUGAUUAUCCACUGGAACAUGAAUUGGUGUUAUUAAUGAUCGUAAAGAUGUUAUGCUUAAUAACUUACUCACUAAGGAAACCUACAAAAGGCAGUAUUCUACUCGGUAAAAGAUAAUCUUUAAUCUCUGUCAAAGAGGUUCCUAGAAAUGUAGUUAAAAUGAAUUUGGGACAACAACAAAAAAACAAGACUAAGGAAUUAAAAUGAUUAACUGCAAUGUUUUGGUAAAAAAAUAAAGCCUUUUCUCAAGGAUUUUUUUGGGGGAAUACAGUUCAUUUGUUUUCAUUUUUUGCAAUCACAAGACCUUCUAGUUAUAUUUUAAAAGAGCACAUUGUGGGAAUGAACUCAAUUACUAAUAGGAUAAAGCUAUGAAUAGGUUUUGUUCCACACUCUAAACCACAUAGGUAAGUACAAAGCAAUAAAGCUCACCUUUCCUGUACCUUAUUUCACAAAAUCUUAAAUAGGCAUAUAAUGCUUUAAGUGACAGAUUCAAUAUUUUAACACAGAUAAAAUUGUGAGCCUUAUCAUUGAGACCAGACACAGAAAAAAAAAAGUGAUUUUAUUUAUUUCUAAAUAAACUCCCACUUCAGUAACUUUCACUUCAUGGUUUACUUCCUAAAGUCGUCUUUAAAAGUGCUUUUGUUAUUAGAUUCCUGAUACACAUUAAGACUGACACUUUAAAAAAUGCCCCAAUGUUGCCUGUUUGGAUAUCUUCCCAUCUAUCUCGAUUUUCUGCACAGACAUGCAUACCCCUACCCGGACACACGCAUCCUGGCAGGAUAGUUGAAAAUAUGUGAAACCAAAGUCACUGCAUGUUUUUACAAAGUGCAGUAUUGCAGUGUAAGAAAAAAACACACAUUUUUAAAAAGUUGGUAUUUUAUUGGGUAGGUGGACUGUAAGCCGUUAUUAGUAAUUAAUAGUACCGUAUUUUUCAUACUAUAAGUCGCACCUGAGUAUAAGUCGCACCAGCCUUAAACUGCCCAACGAAGAGGAAAAAAACAUAUAAGUCGCAACGGAGUAUAAAUCGCAUUUUGGAGGGAAAUUUACUUGAUAAAAUCCAACACAUAGAACAGAUAUGUCAUCUUGAAAGGCAAUUUAAAAUAAAAAUACAAUAGAGAACAACAUGCUGAAUAAGUGUACAGUGUGAUAAUGUUACAUGAUGCAUGAACAACAAAAUGCGAAAGUAAGUUAUUCAGAAAACUAUAGCAUAAAGAACAUGCUAACAAGUUUAAGAAACCAUCAGUGUCACUCCAAAACACCAAAAUAACAUGUGAAAUGAUAUAAUAAUUUGUUGAUAAUCUCACACAUAAAUCGCUCCAGAGUAUAAGUCGCACCCCCAGCCAAACUAUAAAAAAAACUGCAACUUAUAGUCCGAAAAAUACGGUAUUCAUAUUAGUAGAAAACACAAAAAUUUGCAAUAUGGGCGUUUGGAUUUAAAAGCAUAGUCACAGAAAAAAAAAACUAAAUUCUAACUGGGUUGGCUGGAAAUGAUCACUCAUUAAUUAUAGAUAACAUUGAAUAAGAUAAGCUCGAAUUUCAAGGUACUGUAGUUCGGUUACAGUCCUUUUGCACUGGGAUCACCAAAUCCAGAUGGAACACCAAUUCAGGGGGUCAAUUGGGACAUUCCGCUAGGCUCAAUGAGAACCUGUACUGACUGCAUUCAUAUUUGACAUGAUAUUUGAUAUUUACUCUCAGCAAUGUUCUUUGUACUUUUUGUACUUGUUCACAUUGGUGUGAAAAUGGGCAUCUUUUCGAAAAGGCUGCAGAGUUCCAUCUCCUGGGCACUUUUAAUAAUAUAAUGAAGAUUUCCUGCCCGAGCUGUUGCAGGCCGUACAAUUUGGAGUGCUCACUCUCACUGCUAAGUACUUAAUGGGCUAUACAGUUGUUUGAGGUGACCUGCAGACUGCAAAUUAAGUCCGAUAAAAAAGUUGAGGGGUCCUGCCAUUUUGAAGGAUGUUUACAUCCAGAUGGAGGGAGCAGGUGUGUCCAUGUAAAAAUACUGCAGUCCUUUUUUAUUUCACCACAAGUCAAAGUUAUGUGCUUCCUCCUGACUGAACUUGAAACAAAGAUAACAAUUCAGUACCUGGAUACCACUGUGGAAAAUUUUGUCUCUAUUCAGCAUGACUCAUUCGGUACAAUUCCUGAAGAAAAUGGUUACAACCACUGUGUUCUAAUUGUGAUAAGUGUUGCGCCGGAGAUUGCUUCCUUUCCAUCUGUACACAAAAAAACAUAUUCUGGACUACUACUUCUCAGCAAAGCAGCCUCAAGGUCAGAUUGGGAGUCAUUAGCCAGCCUUUCACUGAUGCAUAAAUCACAGUGCGCGUCAGUAAUAAGGAAGUUUACUUGUUAAAAAGUAUUUGAAAGGCAAUUCAGGAGUCAUGUGGCUCUAAAGAAGUGCCUUGGGCAUGUUCCUGUAAUUCAUGGUCUCACAUUAACUCUCAUUUUAUGGCCAUUUCUUCACGUCAAGUGUAUCCAACAAUUUCCCUUCAAAGACUUUCCUGCAAAGUGCACGAUGAUAAAUAGCACUGAUUUCCACAAUUGUAUGACUUCAACAGACUCACUAUUAAAGUGACUUUUAAAAAACAUUUUUUUGCAUGUGUUUCGUCUUAUUUGUCUGUUCAUCUCUGCUGCUGAGUUAGGUGAGCUUUCUCAAUGGGAACUUCCAUUGAGGUGAUUCAUCUGAAGAUUUGGUCAAAGGAAAUACCCAUAGUGUCAUAAAGUGCCACCAAUGAACAACAUGUGCUGUUACCUGCACUUCAGACAAUAAUAUUAGUAAUCAAUUCUCUGGAGCGCUGGCAAUGAGCUCCUUUAUCUCUCAUUUGGCGUUUACGACUUGGUUAAUCGUUAAGCAAUGCCUUUGUGAUGGAGCAAGGACAUAUUUGACACCCGUCGGUCGGUUUUCUGAGGGUUGAUCCUAAGAGUUGGCCAAUAGCUGGAAUAGCUGGUGUGUGACCCUGAGGUGUAGGGUAUAAAAGGGGAUGUGUCAAAGACCAAUCAAGUCUGUUGACAAGAAGACGCUCUAACGAGAACUUUGAUUCAAGAGUUAAAUGUCGAUAAAUCAGUUGCCGCAUUGCUCUUUUGUUCAUAAACAUACUUGGAUGCUUCAAGACAUUAAGCCAACACAGGUGGUUUACCCUUGACUCUCUAAACCCAACGAGCUCCUUAAACAAUCCCGAUGGAGAAGAUCAAGUCGAACGGUGGGGAGCACGUUAACCCCGCUUAUGAUGCUACUCUGGACGGGCCGCCAGUCUACAAUGACAAUGACGAACACAGAAUGGUCCGGCCCUCGGUGGUCAGCGCCUUUGGUCAUGACACUUUGGACCGCGUACCUAACAUCGACUUCUAUCGAAACGCGGGCAGCGUCAGCGGUCAUCGAGCUGUGCGGCCAUCGUUGCAGGAGCUGCAUGACGUCUUUCAAAAAAAUGGAGCCAUCUCUGUGCCAGACACCGUGGCGGAUGACUGCGAGGGGAGUGACGGCACCCCAUCUGACGACCUGGAGUCUGCUGUUCCCGUUGACAGCGGCAAAGGGGCUGUAAAGUUUGGAUGGAUAAGGGGGGUCCUGGUGAGAUGCAUGCUGAACAUUUGGGGUGUCAUGUUGUUCAUCCGCCUGUCCUGGGUGUUCGGACAGGCCGGCUGGGGUUUGGGAAUCGUGGUUAUUGCUCUUAGCUGCGUGGUGACAACAAUUACUGGCCUUUCCAUGUCAGCCAUUUGCACUAAUGGUGUGGUCAGGGGAGGAGGGGCAUACUACUUGAUAUCUCGCAGCUUGGGACCCGAGUUUGGUGGUUCCAUCGGCUUGAUAUUUGCCUUUGCCAAUGCUGUGGCUGUAGCCAUGUAUGUGGUUGGAUUUGCUGAGACUGUUGUGGAUUUACUCAAGGAAUAUGAUGUCCUCAUGGUGGAUCCAUUAAAUGACAUCAGAAUCAUCGGGGUCAUCACAGUGAUAGUGCUUUUGGGCAUAUCUGUAGCCGGAAUGGAAUGGGAGGCCAAGGCCCAGAUUGUUCUCCUCUUCAUCCUGCUGGCAGCUAUUGUGAAUGUAUUUGUGGGCACCUUUAUUCCUCCAACCGAAGACAAGAAAUCCAAGGGUGUAUUUAAUUAUGAUGUGAACAUCUUUUUAGAGAACUUUACGCCAGAUUUCAGGGGCGAAUCCUUCUUUUCGGUGUUUUCAAUUUUUUUCCCUGCUGCAACUGGAAUUUUGGCAGGAGCUAACAUUUCUGGUGACUUGCGGGAUGCCCAGGCGGCCAUUCCAAAAGGCACCUUAUUGGCCAUUCUGAUCACUGGUAUCACCUACUUGGGUGUGGCCCUUUGUGUCUCUGCUAGCGUGGUGCGUGACGCAACAGGAAACAUAACGGACCUUAUUACACCUGGCGUGCCAUGCGAUGGAUCAGCGGUUGCCGCUUGCGAGCUGGGCUACAAUUUUUCUUCUUGCGCAGUAGAAACGUGUGCAUUUGGUGCCAUGAACAACUUCCAGGUGAUGACUUUAGUGUCUGGUUUCGGUCCUCUCAUCAUUGCUGGAACCUUCUCAGCCACUCUAUCGUCCGCUCUAGCUUCUCUUGUCAGCGCUCCCAAAGUCUUCCAGGCACUGUGCAAAGACAACAUUUACAAGGCCCUGCACUUCUUUGCCAAAGGACACGGCAAAAAUGACGAACCCCUCCGAGGCUACGUCCUAACAUUCUUGAUUUCCGUGGCCUUCAUUCUUGUUGGAAAUCUCAAUACCAUCGCUCCCAUCAUUUCAAACUUCUUCUUGGCAUCCUACGCGCUUAUCAAUUUCUCCUGCUUCCAUGCCUCCUACGCAAAGUCUCCUGGUUGGAGACCAGCAUACAGGUACUACAACAUGUGGUUGUCCCUCCUGGGUGCUGUUCUGUGCUGCGCCGUCAUGUUUGUCAUCAACUGGUGGGCCGCACUGCUCACUUAUGCCAUUGAAAUCCUUCUUUACAUUUACGUCACAGUCAAGAAACCAGACGUCAACUGGGGCUCGUCCACUCAAGCGGUGACGUUUGUCAGUGCGGUCAGCAAUGCUCUCUCUCUAACUGGAAUAGAAGAUCAUGUCAAAAAUUUCAGGCCACAGAUUUUGGUGUUGACAGGAGGCACUCGCACUAGGCCUGCACUGCUAGACCUGGCUCACUCCUUGUCUAAGAACUAUGGACUCUGCCUCACGUGUGAAGUGUAUACGGGUCCAAGAGUGGAGGCCCUGCCACUAAUGAACGCCAGCAUAGAGAAGAACCAGCAAUGGCUGAAGAAGAGCAAACGUAAAGCAUUCUACGCCGCUGUAGCAAACGAGAAAUUCAGGGAAGGAGUCGAGAUCCUGCUACAGGCCUCGGGUCUUGGCCGCAUGAAGCCCAACACACUUAUGAUAGGUUUCAAAAGAAACUGGAAGACUUCAGGUUCAGAAGCAGUCCAGAGUUAUGUGGGAGUGCUGCACGAUGCCUUUGACUUUGAAUACGGAACUGUGAUUUUGAGGAUGAACCAGGGACUUGACGUUUCUCAUAUUGUUGAGGCAGAAGAGGAGAUGCUAAAAUCAGCGAAAGAACAACAGGCCCUGGAGAGUGAUUUCAUGUCAAAUGGAGGCAAAUCCAAAGGAUUGUUCAAAAAGUCCAGAAAAUCCUCUCAGCAAGUCCUCACCACCCGAGUGUCGGUGUGCGGCCCCCCACCGCCACAAGUUGCCAAGAUGAAUGAGAAGCUCGUGGAGGCCAGCGCUCUGUUUAAGACCAAACAGCCCAAGGGAACGCUUGACGUGUGGUGGCUUUUUGACGACGGAGGUCUCACUCUGCUGCUCCCCUACAUCCUCACAACCAGGAAGAAGUGGAAAGAUUGCCAAAUGAGGAUCUUCAUCGCAGGCCAGCCCGGACGCAGCGAGCUAGAUAAACAAGAAAUGAAGUCGUUGCUGCAGAAGUUCCGGAUUAAAUGCACUGACAUAAUAGUAAUUGAUGACAUCCAUAUCAAACCACGUAAUGACAGCUUGAAGAAGUUGGAGGACAUGAUUGAACCUUUCCGCCUGCAUGAGAGAACCAAGGAUAGUGCACAGGUUGAAACCAUGCGGAAAACACAGCCCUGGAGGGUUACUGAUGAUGAGUUGGACGAAUUUGAAGAGAAGACCAAUCUACAAGUUCGACUGAAUGAGUUGCUUCAAGAGCACUCCAAAUCAGCCAACCUGAUUGUGGUGAGCAUGCCUAUUGCACGAAAGGAAACGAUUUCCGACUUCCUCUACAUGGCCUGGUUAGACAUUCUGUCCAAGGACCUCCCACCCACCAUCCUUAUACGAGGCAACCACAAGAGUGUGCUCACCUUCUACUCAUGAGAACAUCACAACCUGGUCUGUUCUCUUGGAAACAAUGGUUGAGCUGGAGUUACUCUACUCAUUAGCAAUGAGACACACUCAUCUUACUACAGGGAAACAUUUGUCUGCACCUUUUUGAGGUCACCAUUGCAUAACGGACACUUAUGGAUUGUUUUAGAUGCAUAAGAUGUACACAUCACACAUCCUUCAACCACAGUCAGCUCCCUAUGAAUAAAAUGUACAGACAGGUACAGAAGACCUGGGAACUGUUACUGUGAAAUACUGUAAAUGUACAUAGUAGGAUGUUGGAACUCAUUAAUCAAUAUUUUUGGAAUAAAAAAAAUGUUUAUUAAUGAUUUAAUGGUAUAUUUUUUGGACAAUGAUAAUGAGAGAAAAAAAACUUAUGUUUGAAAAGAAAGUCAAAUGUUAUCUUAUGUUGUUUAUCCACUCCGUGGU